CAGGAGGAGGGAAAAGCAUUUCAGUGGAGGGACCGUCCUGUGCCAGGCUCAAACAUGGAAACAGAGAACAAAUGCAAAGGUGUGGAGGGCCCUGGUGUGCCCACCGUGAGAACGAGGCUGUGGCGUGGGUCUGAGGGCCCUGGACAUAACCCUGGAGGCUACGGGAGCCAUAGAGGGUGUUCCUGCAGAGGAGGGGCGGGUUCAUCUGCUCUGGAGGCUGUGGGCUGAAGGUGGGCUGCGGUCUGGGUGGAGAGGCUGUGGGGCCCAUGAAGGUAGCAGGAGGUGCUGGGGCUGAGGCCUGCGCGAUAGCAGUUCCGUUUUCUCCACGCGGCUGCUGACAGUCCUGCUUCCUGCCGAGUUAUUUUCAUCUGCUUCCUGUUUGUCCCUGGCAGCUCAGGCGGGCACUUCGACGGGGGCGGGCACAGCACCUCCUGAACCAUCUUCAGCCCCACACUAAACCGCAGUGCCAGGGCCGCACCGUUGGAGCGCCCUGACCUGCUCCCCUAAGCAGCCCAUCCCACAGAUGAGGAAACCGAGGUUCCAGCAGGCUGGACCUCAGCUUCGCUGCUUUCUGGGGGAUAACAGAGGCUGUGUGGCCUAGGCCCUGCUGAGAGGGGUGGGAGCCUGCGGGUUAUCUGGUCCCGGGGGUGGAGGCCAGAGCCAGUUUCCUGGGGAAACCCUAAUCUCGGUUCCUUCCGAGCCUGGCGCUUCCUUGGAGGUUCGGCGUGGGCUGGGCGCAGCCCGGGGACAUCUUGCAGACUCACAGCCCUGCGUCCCAGGGACGCCCUGCGCGGGGAAGAACCUGGCGCCAGCAGGAGGCGGGUUGGAGUCCUGGAGCCGCCCCUGCCGGCCGGAGACUCUGGGCUAGCCACUGUCCUGUCUACAGCGCAGGCGCUGGUUCUGUAAGCCGGGGCAGGGACACAGGCGCCGUGGGAUUAGCGCGAAGGUCUCCAGAGUAGUUUAUGCUCAUGGAGACCUCCUCGCCCUUGGUCUCUUCUCGGGCCUUGGUUUCCCCACCCGUCCUGGACUGCCCUUCUUGGAGCCGCACAGCCUUGGAUCCCUCCAGCGCUACCUGUAGCCAGGAGCCGAGGACCCUAACAAAGGGCAGCUGGACGCAGGGGCGGGGUUCUCCUCUGCGGGGCAGGGGUUGCCAUACUGGCCAAAGCCGGUUUGGCCGCUGGCCAGCCACAGAGACCCCCACCAGUCAGGCACCUACUCCCAGGUGCACGGUCGCCGUCCGGGUCCCACCACGCCAGGUGCAUCUGCCAGACGGUGGGCGCACCCAGCGUGGGAGGAUGCCCCGUGUGUGCUGCCUGGUGGGACCCUGAGGUGAGGGGCAGCGCGGGGUGCAAGGUGCCCCCGCCCCCCAGUGGCGCUCCGGGCUGGCCGCCAGGGACGCACAGCUGCCGAACACUUGCCUUGGCCACGUCAGCCUUGCAUCUCUGCACUUGGCAGGUGCCCCUCCUGUAGCCCACGUCUCGGGUGGAGGGGUGCUGUGGGAAUCUAGGUGACCCAGGCCCUUAGGGGCAGGCCCGGGAAGGAGUGUGGUGGAGGGCAGGGGCGUGGCCUUCCCUAGAUUCCUGAAAUCCCCUCUGGGGGUCUGGAGGUCUUGGUGCUGAGAAGGGACGGGCAGUGAUGUUCAGGCUUCACUUGGCUUGGGGGCACCCUCCAGCGGUCCUCUCCCGGAUCUCACUGUCCCGUCAUUCUUGACCUUCCAGGAUCCCUGCCAUUCUCUCCGCUAGCUCACCCACACUCUUCCUGUUUGGUUUCUUUUGCUGGGAGAGGGUGCUGGGGCUGGAACCCAAGUCCUCGUUCGCAGGUAGACAAGGGGUUCACCAGUGGCCCACAUUCCCCAGCUCCCCAUUUUUAUAAAAGCUUCUGACUUAGAGCGUUUGAGGGGGCAUUGAAGUCCUAUCCCCACACACCACGACUAGUUCCCAGCCCUUGGCUCCUGGUGGCCCAGGAAGUAAAGCCAGACAGGUGCUUCCCUGCCGUUCCCGCCCUCAGAGCCGGUGAAGUGGAAGUGUCCCCGGGCCUCGGCUUCCUCAUGUGCAGAGUGGAGGUGCCCACUGCAGUAGCUGCCAGGAUUGCGCCGUGGGAGGUGAGGGGUGGCCGGCCCGGUGCUCAAGCAGGCAGAAGGGCAGGCCGGAACCAGGGGGCUGCGUGGAGGAGGAGGCCAGGACUUGGCCUUGGACAGCAGCAGUUUGUUUUCCGGAGGGUCUGAAGGAGUUCUGAGUGGAAGGGACUGUCUAGGCCGAGGACCGGUCUGUGCAGACCUGACCAGGAGCCCAGAGAGGAUCUCCUUGAGGCCCGCCGGCCACUGGCCCACGAGUGCCUGGGUGAGGCCCUGCGUGUGAUGCGCCAGGUCAUCUCCAAGUACCCACUGCUGAACACCGUGGAGACCCUCACUGCUGCUGGCACCCUCAUUGCCAAGGUCAAAGCCUUCCACUAUGAGUCCCACAAUGAGUCGGACAAGAGGGAGUUCGAGAAGGCCCUGGAGACCAUGGCUGUGUCCUUCAGCAGCACUGUGUCCGAGUUCCUCAUGGGCGAAGUGGACAGCAGCACGCUCCUGGCCGUGCCCCCUGGGGACCCUAGCCAGUCCAUGGAGAACCUGUACGGACAAGGCAGUGAGGGCCCCCUGCCCAGCACUGAGGACUGUGAGGAAGGCUGCCCACCCCCGGAGGAAGUGGACGUGCUCCUGCAGCGCUGUGAGGGUGGUGUGGACGCUGCACUGCAGUAUGCCAAGAACAUGGCCAAGUACAUGAAGGACCUCAUUGGCUACCUGGAGAAGCGGACGGCUCUGGAGAUGGAGUUUGCCAAAGGCCUACAGAAGAUCGUCCACAACUGCAGACAGAGUGUCAUGCACGAGCCCCACAUGCCCCUCCUGUCCAUCUACUCGCUGGCCCUGGAGCAGGACCUGGAGUUUGGCCACGGCAUGGUGCAGGCGGUGGGCACGCUACAGACCCAGACCUUCAUGCAGCCCCUGACCCUGCGGCGGCUGGAGCAUGAGCGGCGCCGGAAGGAGAUCAAGGAAUCCUGGCACCGGGCACAGAGGAAGCUGCAGGAGGCAGAGGCCAACCUGCGCAAGGCCAAGCAGAGCUACAUGCAGCGCUCCGAGGACCAUGACAAGGCCCGCUUCCUGGUGGCCAAGGCAGAGGAGGAGCAGGCCAGCUCAGGACCUGGGGCGGGCAAUGCAGCCUCCAAGACCCUGGACAAGAGGCGGCGGCUGGAGGAGGAAGCCAAGAACAAGGCGGAGGAAGCCAUGGCCACCUAUCGCACCUGUGUGGCGGAUGCUAAGACACAGAAGCAGGAACUGGAGGACACCAAGGUGACAGCACUGCGGCAGAUCCAGGAGGUCAUCCGGCAGAGCGACCAGACCAUCAAGUCGGCCACCAUCUCCUACUACCAGCUGAUGCACAUGCAGACGGCGCCCCUGCCGGUGCACUUCCAGAUGCUGUGCGAGAGCAGCAAGCUCUACGACCCGGGCCAGCAGUACGCCUCCCACGUGCGCCAGCUGCAGCGUGGCGAGGAGCCCGACGUGCGCUACGACUUCGAGCCCCACGUCUCCUCCAGCUCCUGGUCUCCCAUCAUGCGUGCCCGGAAGGGCAGCUUCAACGUCGGGGACAUGGUGGGGACAGAGGCCACUGGCAGCUCCCCUGAGGAAGGUGGGCCCAACGAAGGGGCGCCUGCCAAGGAGCCCAGGGGGGUGCGGGGACACCAGGUGCACAAGUCCUGGCCCAUCUCCAUCUCAGACUCCGACAGGAGUCUGGACCCCAGGCUGGGCUCAGAGGACUUUAAGAAGUUUCAGCGCAUGUCAUCCAGCGGUGCCGUGUCACCCAGUGAGGAGCUGGUGGAGCAGGAAGGUGGCCCAGAGGUGUCUGCCUUUGAGCAGGCUGACCUCAAUGGCAUGGCUCCUGAGCUGCCUGUGGCUGUACCCAGCGGCCCUUUUCGCAAUGUGGGGCUGUCCAAGGCAGCCCGCACCCACCGGCUUCGGAAGCUCCGGACACCCGCCAAGUGCAGGGAAUGUAACAGCUACGUGUACUUCCAAGGAGCGGAGUGUGAGGAGUGCUGCCUAGCCUGCCACAAGAAGUGCCUGGAGACCCUGGCGAUUCAGUGCGGCCACAAGAAGCUGCAGGGCCGCCUGCAGCUCUUCGGCCAGGACUUCAGCCAGGCAGCCCGCGGUACCCAGGAUGGCGUGCCUUUCAUCGUCAAGAAGUGCGUCUGCGAGAUCGAACGGCGCGCGCUGCGCGUCAAGGGCAUCUACCGGGUCAACGGUGUGAAGACGCGCGUGGAGAAGCUGUGCCAGGCCUUCGAGACCGGCAAGGAACUGGUGGAGCUGUCGCAGGCCUUACCGCACGACAUCAGCAACGUCCUCAAGCUCUACCUGCGCCAGCUGCCGGAGCCUCUCAUAUCUUUCCGCCUAUACCACGAGCUCGUGGGGCUGGCCAAGGACAGCCUGAAGGCAGAGGCCGAGGCCAAGACGGCGUCCAGGGGCCGGCAGGAUGGGUCUGAGAGCGAGGCGGCAGCUGCUGUUAUGGUGGGCCGCGUACGGGAGCUGCUGCGGGACCUGCCCCCGGAGAACCUGGCCACAUUGCAGUAUCUGCUGAGACACCUGCGCAGGAUAGUGGAGGUGGAACAGGAUAACAAGAUGACCCCAGGGAACCUGGGCAUUGUAUUUGGGCCAACACUGCUGCGGCCGCGACCCACAGAGGCCACCAUCUCCCUCUCCUCUCUGGUGGACUAUCCCCACCAGGCCCGUGUCAUUGAGACCCUCAUCGUCCACUACAGCCUUAUCUUCGAGGAGGAGCCUGAGGAGGCACCAGGGUGCCAGGAUGGGCCACCCAGUCAGCGGGCAGAGGUGGUGGUUUCCAUGCCCUACCCGGAGGCUGGAGAGGAGUCUGCCUAUGCCCUGCAGGAGGAGGCAGAGGACAGGGGCCGAGAAUCCCGAGUUGCAUCUAACGAUUCUGACUCAGAGCUGGAAGAGGGCUCGGAUCCCUUGUCGUCCUCAGACGCCAGCGCCCUGCACCACCUCAGCUUUCUGGAGAAGGAGGGUGAAGCCGGCCUGGAGGCUGGCCGGAGCCGCAGUGGCAGUGAGGGGCAGCUGGGGGAGGAGGAGGACGAGGAGGACCAAGUGCUGCAGCUCUCAACCUACAACACCAACCAGUCCAACAACAUGGCGCAGGCCCAGCGGCCCACCAUGAGACUCCGUGGCGGGCAGAUGGCGGCAGGCACCUGCUGGGGGCGACAGCCAGAUUUCCUCUGAGCUGGGGUGGUGGGUGGGGACAACUGCCAGCUUCUCUUAUACCUGGUCUGUGUCUCUGCCUCUUGGGGCCAUCUGCAUCUCAAGGCUGGGCUAGCCUCGCAGGCCUGUCCUGGGUGAGAGCACCUGUGCUGGCACAGUCCUGCUGGCCGACAGGGCGGCAGCCUCCUCCUGAAGCUUCUCACCUCGGCUCAGCUGAGCUGGAGACCUGGCUCUUGGGGAAGCUCCCUAUCUUUGGUCGGCCCACAGGGCUGUGUAGGUGGAGCAGUCUGGUCCAAGUCCCCUCGCUGCCCCUGGGCUCUCAAUCUUAGGCCCUGCACUGAUGUCUCCUCACCCCUGCGGGGCUGGAGGCUGUUCUGGGUGCUGUGGAACUGGGGUGCAGGCCAGUCUUGACACUGAAGCCCAGGCUGGGGGUCAGUAGGGGCAGGCUGACUUUGGGAUUUGCUCACUUUUCCAGAAAGCUCUGGACACCUAGAGUCCAGGUCACCCAGGUCUGGGUACACAGUGCAGUCUCUCGCAGGUCACCAUGCACUUCUUGGAAAUGUGUCUGUUUUGCUUAAAAUAAACUUAUACCUGGUCUGUG